AGGAGGAUUUCUUAUUACAAAAAGUCUUUAAAUCUGAAGCUGGGCACCCCAGCAGUGCGCAAUGUGAUGGAUAUGAAUGCAUUUUUUGGAGGCUUUGCUGCAGCCAUAAGAUCUGACCCAGUUUGGGUGAUGAACGUUGUUCCUUCUCACAAGCCAGCCACUUUGGCUGCUUUAUAUGACCGAGGCUUAAUUGGAGUCUACCACGAUUGGUGUGAGCCUUUCUCAACGUACCCACGUUCUUAUGAUUUUAUCCACGUAUCCGGAAUCGAAUCACUCGUUAGAUAUCCAGGUUUCGACAAGAGCAGGUGUAACCUUGUUGAUCUAAUGGUGGAAAUGGACCGAAUCUUACGUCCUGAAGGGACAGUAGUGAUUCGAGAUCAUCCUGAAGUUAUUGAAAGGGUAAACCGUAUAGCUCGAGCAAUAAGAUGGACCACCACAAUACACGAAAAAGAGGCAGGAUCACAAGGAAGAGAAAAAAUUCUCGUUGCAACCAAAAGCUUUUGGAAGCUACAUUGAACAUUGAAAGGAUGAUGGGGCUGUUUAUCCUAGUGAUCCAGUAACUUUAUUUAUAGGGCAUUUGGUAGCUUAAACUCAUGCCUACUUUUAUGGUGGAAAUGGAGGUAAUCCAAAUCACCGAUUCACGUGUAUGUUUACGAAAAUGCCCCGUAAAAUAUUUGUAUUGGGAGACGUAAAUUUGAUUUGUGAACUUUUCUUUUAUUUUGGUCUUUAUAUGUUCGUUUUAUUUUAGUUCUGUGAUCUUGUAUUCAACUUGAGUAUAGAUCAAGUAAUUAAAGCAUAUACCAUCGCACGUAAGAAGUUAAAGAUUUUGAUCCCCCU